AGAGAUCUCGGACGUUGGACCUGAGGCCCGAGCCGGGUAGCCGAGCAAAGCGAGAGCUCCCCUCUCCCUGUCUCCUCGUCUGUGACUGUGCGCCGCCAUCGCCCGUCGACCAGCGCCGUCCGCCCGCUCGAAAACUGAGACGCACGCUGCCCGCGCAUCGCCGUGGCCUGCUCCAGUCUGUGGAAAAGUGACGAACCAACUCGGGGAAUUCUACUCUCGAGGCCGCCACCUCCGCCUCCGCCUCCAGCCCUCCACCGACUACUGUCUGGAACUGGAAGUGUACCACUACUAUUCAAUUGGCCCUAGCCCUCGCAUAGCACGAUGCCGCCGCCGCUGCUUGAGUUCGCGAUCCUCGCCACUGCCUGCAGGUUCAGCAAGCCCCUUACCGUUCUCAGGAGGCUUGGCGUUCUUGGCCCACCAACCGUUCGACGCAAUGCCGCAGAGGCGUUCGUGCCUUCACCGUUUCGCCAGGUUGUCGUUCAGAGUGGAAAGCUUCUUGGGACACCAAGGUUCUGCCACACCACUGCCGGCAUGUCAGAAUGUCUCCCGGACGUCUACGCCAGUCAGGUACUGAAGGUUCUCAAGUCCACCAGUGCUGACAACACGGAUCUCAGCGGUGCUCUUCAUCAGUUCGCGGUCCACAUGGAUGAGGAUAUUAUCCUCAUGGUCCUCCAGAAGCAGCGGUCCAACUGGCAGGUCGCCCUGGCAUUCUUCAACUGGGCGGCAACCCUGCCGGGGUAUGCCCACGGGUCAAGGGCCUACACCGAGAUGCUGGACAUUCUUGGGCGGAUGAAGAAGGUCAGACACAUGAGGCAGCUGUUUGACGAGAUUCCUGAGGAGCGACGUCAGGUGGUCGUGACGAAUAAGAUGUUUGCCGUGCUGUUGAACCGGUACGCUGGUGCGCACAAGGUGCAGGAGGCGAUAGAGGUGUUCUACUUGAGGAAGGAUUACGGGUUUGAGCUUGACUUGGUCGGGUUCCAGAUACUACUGAUGUCGCUGUGCAGGUAUAAGCAUGUCGAGGAGGCGGAGGCGCUGUUCCGUGAGAAGAAAGAUGAGUUCCCGCAUGUCACAAAGAGCUGGAACAUUAUACUAAAUGGUUGGUGUGUCAAGGGAAGCCUGAGGGACGCUCAAAGGAUUUGGAAUGAUAUCAUUGCAUCUAAGGUUGAACGAGACCUAUUCACCUUUGGUACGUUCAUAAACGCAUUGGCCAAAAAUGGCAGAAUUAGUGCCGCGGUGAAGCUGUUCAAACAGAUGUGGGAGAAAGGGAUCAAUCCUGAUGUUGCGAUUUGCAAUUGUAUCAUCGACCAGCUGUGCUUCAAGAAAAAGAUUCCAGAAGCACUUGAGAUUUUUGGUGAGAUGAAUGACCGGCUUUGUCAAGCCGAUGUGGCUACCUACAACACUUUGAUAAAAUACAUGUGUAAGAUAAAAAGGAUGGAGAAAGUUUAUGAACUUUUGGAUGACAUGGAAGCAAAGGGCUGCCCUCCAAACAAUAGGACAUACUCCUACAUUCUGAAGACGACUGAGAAACCCAAAGAUGUCAUUGCCUUGAUGCAGAGGAUGGAGCGAACCGGCUGCAAAUUGGAUUCUGAUAUAUACAACUUGAUAUUGAACCUUUAUAUCAAAUGGAAAUAUGAGAAGGGGAUGCAACAGAUAUGGGAUGAGAUGGAGAGAAGAGGGUCAGGCCCAGAUCAGCGGUCGUUUACUAUUAUGGUUCAUGGUCUUCAUUCCCAAGGCAAGCUCGAUGAGGCUCUGCAGUAUUACACAACAAUGAAGUCUAGAGGGAUGAUUCCAGAACCUAGGACCAAGAUACUGGUGAAAGCUAUGCACAUGAAGAAGGACGGGGCUGCCACUGAAGAUGACUCGGCAAGUAUGGCAGGGAAGCAUCUAAAAUUGGAUCAUCGUUCAAGACUAUUCAAUGUUCAUAGAUAGUCUGCUUCCAGGUCUUUGUUCUAUAAUCUGAGCAGGGGAUGCUGUCCAUAUAGGUUUAUGGGUUGAAAGAAAGAAAAACAGUUCUUUUUUCUAUGGGUGUCUAAAUCACAAUGGCUGCACCUUGGGCUAAAAAGAAUCAUCAGCAUAGAUUCAUUGGCAAUAUGAUUUCUCAGUAACUUUUGCUCAGACUUUCAGUGCCAGGAUCAUCAGUCAGCUGUGAAAACGUUUUCCUAGCAGGUGAAAUUGGGAGUUCAAGGUGCGUACCGAUAUCCAAAUUUAUUUAAUGUGUUGCGCAAGAAACAAACAAAUGUGGUGGGAGCACUUAAAUUCUACACCUUUUAAUGUGGAAUGGCAAAGUUUUAUUUAUUAGAUUAAACAAGGAUAUGGAUAUUUUUAUCUAGAACCUAAAUAAAAACGGCUUGUUCUCUAUGAGGUCCAUGUGUUACUGUUUUUGCUACUUCAAACACUCGUUUGCCAGUGCGCUGAAAUGUGAUUCUGUAGGGCUACAAAAUUGGAACACUAUGUUCGUACACACAUUUCCACUUUUGGGUACUCUAGUAUUCACUCUCAGUACAUAUAGAUUAGAGUACCAAAACAAAGCCGUAUACACGGUCUCAGGCUUCUUACACAGUUACCUAGAUGCAGUAGGUUUAGGCAUCAUUUGCGGUGUGGAAGUUUAAGAAUGCGGAAGAAGCCGUGAUUUAUCGACUCCGGCAUGGACAUUGUUGUUUUGCUAUUCCGGUGCUUCAAAUGUAAACAUAUGCAGACUGUUAAAGGAGUGACAAUGAUUUUGAGUCACUCAUCUAACUUAAUGAACAAUCUCCACAGAAAGGAGUGAUGUAUUAUGUUUUUCACUUAGAUUCCUUCAUAAUAAUUUGCGUAGCAACUAACUGAACUACUAAGCACAAGAUUUAUUAACUAACAGUAAGAUGAUUCAGCUGAAGCGUAUUUUAAGCAAGAGAUGUUUCUGCUACUCGAGUUCUGUGACAAGAGAUCUGGCAAACUUGCAGUAGGAAUCUCUGAUAUCAUGCAUUUGGAUGGCUGCGACCUGUAUCGGCGUCCUCUCUCUUGGCUGCUUCUUUGAGCAAGAAACUCCGAGAGCGACGACAGAAACCAAGCAGUUCUCAGUUUCAGCUGUGGCGACAUGGUUGGUGUUUGUGUGCAACCACAUUUUUGCAUCGGCUAUCUCCCAGAUUCUCUCUGGGAGAGCAUCCUCUGAAAACCUGUGCAAGUCCAAUGAUCCUCUGAACAUCUCAUCAGUUGGGCUCCUUCCCGUGAACAUCUCAAGCAACAGUAUGCCCACGCUAUAAACAUCUCCAAGAGUCGAAACACAAGACCCUUCACCGUACUCUGUUAUAUAUAUUACGGAAAAAAGAAUCGAUCAAAAACCAACCAGUUUUAUACAAGAAACAAGGAACAAUGAAUAGAAACCCAAACACACGUAUAGUUUCAGUCACCUGGAGCAACGUAGCCGAUGGAGCCUCUUAUUCCAGCUGUGCUGCUUGAAUUCUGCAGGGUGUUACUUCUUGCAAUCUCUGGAAGGAUCCUUGAUAUGCCAAAGUCUCCGACCCGGGCACUCAUGUCCUGUGCGAGAAGGAUGUUGCUUGGCUUGAGAUCGCAGUGAACGAUUGGUGGCUGACAGUGGUUGUGAAGGUAAUCCAGACCGUCCAUGACAUCUACAGCAACGUUGAGCCUCUGUACGAUGCUAAGAGUGUUACUCACUGUGGGCAUGCUGCUAGUGCUAGGUUUUGGAUGAAGCCAGUCACCUAGGCUACCAUUUGGCAUGAACUCAAAAACCAGAGCCUUGAACUCCCGGCCCUGGCGGUCGAUGCUCGAGCAACACGUGAUGAUCUUCAUGAGGCAACGGUGACGCACCCUUCGCAGCGCCUCGCACUCGGCCACAAAGCUUCUACUAGAUCCAGAUUGCUCGAGGUCGAAAACCUUGACCGCGGCAAGAGUAGUCCCCUCCUCGUCUUGAAAGGAGCAUCUAUAGACUGUCCCAAAGCUUCCUCUACCGAGCAAGUUGGUCUCUGAAAACCCGCCGGUUCCGUUUUCUAAUGCAUGGUAAGAAACCUUUUCGUACUGUUCCUCGAUCAUUGGUGGCCGGAACGAGCUCUGCUUGACCCUUUGUCGUCUGCGCUUCCAGUAGAUCAACCCAAAGACAAGUGCCAUAAAGGCCAGAAACAGGAACGCUGAUGUUGUUGCUAGAGCUAUCGUAAGAGACUUGACCCGCCUCUUCUUGCUUCCUUUCUUCAGAGAGUUCUUGCGGCAUGGCUGUAAACGAAGCUGAGGUAUGCCGCCACAAAGCCCACUGUUCCCGGCGACUGAAAAGUUUCGGGAAAUCCUGAAUAUUCCUCCCUCUGGCACUUGGCCUUGUAGACUGUUGAAGGACAGAUCUAACUCUGACAGUGAUGUCAAGUUCUGCAACGACGUUGGGAUCGGCCCUGACAAGUUGUUGUGUGCUAGAUCCAGUUGCUGAAGGUUGCGAAUGGCACCGAUGCCUUCUGGAAUAGUGCCGGAUAGCUUGUUCAUGGACAGGUUGAGUGCGAGUAGAUCCGUCAUAUUCUUGAGAGACUGGGGUAUCUCCCCCUCCAAUGAGUUAUCCUCCAACCAAAGCCCCUGCAGCAUGAUGCACUCCCCGAUGCUGUCAGGUAGCUCGCCGGAUAGCUGGUUUCCAGAUAGAUCCAUGCUGUUAAGGUUCACCAAGCUACCGACUUGAGGAGGAAGAGGGCCUGACAGCGAGUUAGACGACAAGUCCAAGUACUUGGAGAGGAGUGGCAGUUCGAAAACCUCUGCGGGGAUCGAACUGUUGAGACGGUUAUUAGCUAGAUCAAGGGAUAUUAGGUUCUUCAGCUGUCCGAAGCUCGUUGGAAUUGCGCCCUCCAGGUUGGCAUGCUGCGCGUACAGCUCAAUCAACCUCGAGAGGUUUCCGAUGGAUGUCGGUAUGAGGCCUGACACCUGAGUGUUGUACAGACCUAACCGAGCCAAGUUUCCUAGCUUGCCCAUGCUGUCCGGAAGCACGCCGGAGACGGACGUGAACCCCAGACCGAGGAGUUCAAGGCUGGCCAGGUUGCCGAUGGCUGAGGGGAUGCUUCCGGAUAUCCCGUCGUUGUAUUCUAAACGGAGGAUCUGCAGGGCCGUCGUCGAGAGGUUGCCUACCGAACCUGGCAGCCGCCCUGUGAAGCUGUUGUCGGCGAUGUUUAGAUCCUGGAGCUGGGUACAGUUUGACAGGGAAGCCAUGAAUUCCCACCCGUUUCUGUCGUCUGCUUCCAGCUCGUUUUGGAACAAGUACAGGAGCUGCAGACCUCUGAGUCUCCCCAGCGCCGGAGGCACGCGCCCGUGGAGCAUGUUUACAGAGAGCUCGACCCGCUGGAGCGUCGUGAGGUUAGUGAGCGAAGCGGGGAUGGAUCCCGUGAACUGGUUCCAAGAGAGGCUAAGGAUCGACAUGCUGGGAAAUCUGCUGCCGAUCUCGGCGGGGAUGGUACCAUUGAGCUUGUUCGCUUGGAUCUGCAGUCUUUCCAGCGACGACAGGUUGUACAGAGAGCGUGGGGGCUCGCCGGAGAGGUAGUUGAAGGCGAGGUCAAGUCUCGUGAGGCCUACGAUGCUGCCGAGGCUACGAGGGAUGGCGCCCUGUAGCUGGUUGAAUGCGAGGGACAUGACACGAAGCGACGACAGGUUGCCUAUGGACUCCGGUACGGUGCCAGUGAGGUUGUUUCGAAACAGUAUGAGCUCCUCGAGGCGUGCGAGCUUGUUGCCGAGCUCAGAGGGCAGGCCUCCGCGGAGGUGGUUGGACUGGAGGCGCAAGUCCACCAGGCUGGUGCAUGAGCUUAGGUUGGCGGCGGAGAGCUUACCGGAGAAGGCGUUGUAGCUUAGGUCAAGCGCACGGAGGUGGCGCAGGCGGCCGAGGCUCGCGGGGAUGGCGCCGCUGAGGGCGUUGGAGCUCAGGUUGAGAAGCCUCAGGGACGAAAGGUUACCAACCGCCGGGGAGAGGACGCCGGUGAGCCCGCGAGAGGGUAGGAACAGCGCCACCACUCGACGCCGCCUGCCGCUGCCUCGGCACCUCACCCCUUCCCAGCUGCAGUACCCGCCGCCGCCGCCUGCGCUACCGUUCCACGAGGCAAGUACGUCUCCAUAGCCGCCAGGCCCGCCAUGGACCGCCGCGACCUUGAUGGCGUCAAGUGCGGCCUCGUCGUUGGCCUGUGUGGCCGCCGCGAGAGUCCAAAGCAGGCACAUGGAGGCGGACAGCACCAGCAGGUUCACUGGGUCUCGGUGCUUUACCAUGUCAGCCGGCGUCGAGUAUUGACUGAGACUGACUGGGUGAUUGACUGGGUGUGCGGAGACGGAGAGGGUCCGCUGCGCUCCAAGAUGGUAUGCGAGCUGCUCUAAAUAUAUAGGUGUGCGCCUGCAUUGUCAAAGUGGUGGGGACCUACAUGCAUUUACCAGGAUCGAACGUCGAAUCCAUUUAGAUUUUAAAGAAAUGAAAUUCAUUAGCCCACUCGGCUCCGAUUGUCUUCGUUAAAAAAAAACUAGCCAAUUCAAUAACAAAUUGACUAGUCAUCUACGGCAGCCAGGAGCGGAGCCAGGAUUAUAGUAUAAAAGGGGUCGAACAAUUCAUCAAAUAUUAUAAGAUAAAAAAAUAUUAUAGAAUAUAUAAACAUGUGCAUACUAAUUUACGUAUAGCAUAGAUAAUAAAUUAAUAAAAAAAGACUUACACCAUAUAAUUGUAUAUUAAUUAACUCCAACAAAGGUCAAUUAAUUUGCUUUUACGAUGAUCAUUCAAAUUAAAAGCUUUGAUUAUAUCACGAGAGUUGAUUAUAGCUAUCAAUUCCAUAUGAAUAUAGAUUAUGAAGUAACUUCACACAAAAUAAUCUUCCAUUUAUUUCGUAGAUGUGUCUUCAUAAGUUUUGUAGCUAAAAGGCUCUCUUCGUGAUUGCAGUUGAGACCAGAAGAGUGUCCAUUAACCUUAAUAAUCCAUAAACUAUUUUAUAUAUGAAAUUUUUACACAAUUUGACAAGACUUUUUAUCAAAUCGACAAGUGAUCAUAAUGUAUUUGGUUUUAGAUGGUUAUAUAUUCAAGGUGAAGCACAAAAUUUGACGUGCACAUCAACUAUCCACUGACAACUUUGGGCUGAAAUUUGCGACAAAUUUUAUGCUUAAAAUAUGUGAUUUUUUUUACUUGGAUACAAAUUUAUUUUAACAAAAAAAUCUAUAUUUCAUAUUGUGUCAUUAUAAAUAUAUAGUAAAUUUUAUUGCUCGCCCCCUUGUCUCCGGAUCCAUAAACAUGUUAUGUUAUGCCAAGGAUAACCCAUAUAAGGCUAAAAAUCUUACUAGCCGUAGAGUAUUACAUGUAGCAUAGUUUCAAAGAAAACAUAUAUAACGAUAUCGUUUUAAAAGCUCAAACAAUAUGUAAAAAUUGAUGCUAGAAAAAGUACCAAAUAAAGAGUCUUAGACGAUAAAAAAAAUAUAUCUUAAUCAUCUUACACCAUUUGUGCCGACAUCUUUGGUAUAAAAAACAUGCGGUCCUUUUUGUUGAUCCACAUCUUUUAAUUAGUUUUGGCAUUACUCUUUGACGUGUCUUUCUUAUCAUAUAUUUUCUAUUCUAGCGAUGUACCUUAUGUAACCUAAGAUAUAGAAUGUUGUAUUGCAAAGCAAGUUCAAUGGAUAAUGAAAACCAUCAAAUUCAA